GAAAGAAACAACUCUUUAAACCAUCUUUUUCAACUUCGACGAUAGAUCCCCGCCGGACCCCAGCGGAAGGAUACGCGCGUCUGCCUCUGCGCGCUCAGUGGCUACAGAGGCUGAGGAGCGAUCGGAGGUGGAGGAGUUUUCUGCUCCGUGGCACCAGCGAGAAGUUUCAUCGUGCGUGUGUUGUUGACGGUUAAAAAAAAACGCUCCGUGUUGUCGCCGUCACUCGUGUCGAGCCGCUUCGGACAUGUUGUAGUUGUCCUCCGACGAGAGUUUGGUCCCUCUUCAUUGAGCGUCACUUUUUUGUUCGAACCGUCCCGGGAGGCAGCUCAACUUUGGGCUGGCGACCUUAUGUGGAUUUUACAGCAACUAUGCAGCACAUCCCCGGUUUCUCCUCCGGCAGGUCACUAGUCCUCGUCCUGAGCUUCGCCCACCUCUCUCUGGGUCUGCAAUGUGUGGAUAAUAAAGCACCGUGUGUUAACAACGCUACAUGUCUGACGUUUACCAAUGGCACUGAAUACUGCAGGUGUGCACCUGGCUUUCUGGGUGAGUACUGCCAACACAAGGACCCUUGUCAACCCGGAUUCUGCCUGAAUGGAGGGAACUGCUCAGUGUCCAUGUCAGCUGGUGUACCUGUUCCAGGCAGCGCCGCCUGCAGUUGCCCCCUGGGCUUCACUGGUCUACACUGUCAAACUCCCCAGAACUCCACGUGUUACCCCAACAACCCCUGUGCCAACCAAGGUGUCUGCACCCUGCUGUCCCUCGACAAGUACAAGUGUGAGUGCGUCAGAGGAUGGACAGGACCAAGUUGUGAACAUGAAGACAGCUGCCUGUCUAGUCCCUGUGCUAACAGCGGAAAAUGCAGCUCUCCAUCUGCUGGAAGUUACACAUGCACCUGUCCUCCUGGCUACACCGGUCCUCGCUGCCUUAAUGACACAAAUGAAUGUGCCGCCACACCCUCUAUAUGCCAAAAUGAAGGAGUCUGCGUCAACGCCCCUGGCUCCUAUAAGUGUGUCUGUGGCCCGGGGUUUACAGGCCAGCAUUGUGAAAGCUCAUACAUCCCGUGCUCGCCGUCUCCAUGCAUAAAUGGAGGCACCUGCCACCAGAUCACUGAAACCAGCUACUCCUGCCACUGCCUUCCAGGUUUCAAUGGGAGUAACUGUGAGAACAACCUUGACGACUGCCCCAAUCACCAGUGUGCCAAUGGAGGAACCUGUAUGGACGGAGUCAACACCUACAACUGUCAGUGCCCCCCUCAGUGGACUGGUCAGCACUGCACAGAAGAUGUUGAUGAGUGUCGUCUGCAGCCAAACACUUGCCAGAAUGGAGGUACAUGCAGCAACCUGAUCGGUAGCUACGUCUGCGUGUGUGUUAAUGGAUGGAUCGGCCCCGACUGCUCUGAAAACAUUGAUGACUGUGCUACAGCCUCAUGCAGCCCGGGCUCCAGGUGUAUAGACCGCGUUGCCUCUUUCAUCUGUGUCUGCCCUCAUGGAAAGACUGGUUUGCUGUGCCAUAGAGAUGAUGCCUGUAUCAGUAACCCCUGUAGAGAAGGCUCUCAAUGUGAUACCAACCCCAUCAGUGGCAUGUUCAACUGUAACUGUCCACCUGGUUAUGUUGGCAGCACCUGCAACAUUGACAGAGACGAAUGCAGCAUUGGUACCAACCCUUGCGAGCAUAGUGGUCAGUGUGUGAACACUGAUGGCUCCUUCACCUGUAACUGUGUCAGGGGUUACGCCGGGCCGCGCUGUGAACAAGAUGUUAAUGAGUGUGCGUCCAGCCCCUGCCAGAACGAUGGCACUUGUCUGGAUCGCAUUGGGGAAUACAGCUGCAUCUGCAUGCCUGGAUUUGAGGGGACUCAUUGUGAGAUCGAGGUAGAUGAGUGUCUCAGCUCCCCCUGUUUGAACCAGGGUAAAUGUCUGGACCAGGUCAGCCGCUUUGUCUGCGAAUGCCCGGCAGGCUUCAGUGGUGAAAUGUGCCAGAUAGACAUUGAUGAGUGCUCCAGCACACCCUGUUUGAAUGGGGCCAAGUGUGUCGACCGACCCAACGGAUAUGACUGUGAAUGUGCUGAAGGCUUCACUGGCCUACUUUGUGAGGAGAACAUCAAUGACUGCGUACCAGAGCCAUGCCACCAUGGUGUGUGUAAAGACGGCAUCGCCACCUUCUCAUGCGAGUGCUAUCCUGGAUACACGGGCUCCAUCUGUAAUAUCCAGGUCCAAGAGUGCCACAGCAACCCUUGUCAGAACCGAGGACGCUGCAUCGACCUGGUCAAUGCCUACCAAUGCAACUGCCCCCCAGGAACUACAGGGAUAAACUGCGAGAUCAAUGAAGAUGACUGUGCCAGUAACCCCUGUGAGUACGGCAAGUGUCAGGACGGCAUAAAUGAAUACAAAUGUGUGUGCGCCCCAGGAUACACAGGAGUUAAAUGCGAUGUGGAGAUCAACGAGUGUCUCUCAAACCCGUGUAUGAGUGGGGGAACCUGCACGGACAAGGUCAAUGGGUUCUACUGCCUGUGCCCGCCCACUACGCACGGCCCUCUGUGUCUCUCUGGGACAAAUCAUUGUGCUCCGCAGCCUUGUGUGCAUGGGGAAUGUAUUGAGGAGCAACAUGGGUACCGCUGUGAGUGUAAAGCCGGCUGGGCGGGACAGCACUGUGAGCAGGAAAAGGACGAGUGCCAGCUUAUCCCAUGCCAGAAUGGUGGCACUUGUUUGGACCGACAUAAUGGCUACACUUGUCAAUGCCAACCUGGAUUCAGAGGUAUAAACUGUGAGAAGAAUGUUGAUGAAUGUGCAUCUGGACCCUGUCGGAACCAAGGCUUUUGUAUAGAUGGAGUCAACAGUUACACCUGUCAAUGUAGUGCACCAUUCACGGGUCAACACUGUGAGGCGGAGCAGGCCCCCUGUGCCUCCCAUCCAUGUCAGCAAGGGGGAGUAUGUCAUCCAUCUGCAGACUACACCUCUUACACCUGCAGGUGCCCGGCGGGUUGGCAAGGUCAGCGCUGCAGUGAGGAUGUGGAUGAGUGCAAAAAGAAUCCUUGCAAAAACUUUGGUCGCUGCAUAAACAGUCCAGGCAGCUACACAUGUAAAUGUGAACCUGGAUAUAGCGGACACAACUGUCAGACAGACAUUGAUGACUGCUCUCCCAACCCAUGCCUGAAUGGAGGCUCUUGUGUGGACGAUGUUGGGAGUUUCUCUUGUGACUGCCGCGCUGGUUUUGAAGGGGAGCGCUGUGAGACCGAGGUAGAUGAGUGUGCCAGUCAGCCAUGCAGGAACAGUGCUGUCUGCCGGGACUACGUCAACAGCUUUGUGUGUGAAUGCCGACCGGGCUUUGAUGGAAUCCUGUGUGAAAACAACAUCCCUGAAUGCACUGAGAGCUCCUGCCUGAACAAUGGGAUUUGCAUUGAUGACAUCAACACCUUCUCUUGCCGUUGCCGUCCUGGUUUUUACGGGACCUUCUGUGAGUAUGAGCAGAAUGAGUGCAACUCUCAGCCCUGUAAGAAUGGAGGAACCUGCACUGACGGCCUGGGCACGUAUCGCUGCACCUGCCCCAUGGGAUACAAUGGACAGAACUGCCAGAACCUUGUAAACCUGUGCAGCCAGGUGCACUGUCACAAUGGUGGUAUCUGCUCUCAGAAAACAACCUCCUGGACUUGCCACUGUCCAGUGAGAUGGACAGGACUUUACUGUGAUGUUCCCAACCUGUCCUGCCAGGACUAUGCUGCCACCAAAGGUGUGGAGGUGGAGAAUGUUUGUAAGAACGCCGGUCUGUGUACAAAUGUGGGUAAUUCCCACCAGUGUCAGUGCCAGCUGGGAUACAUGGGCAGCUACUGUGAAGAGAUGGUCGAUGAGUGCCGCUCAAACCCUUGUCGCAACGGAGCUACAUGCAAAGACUAUCAGAGCACAUACGAAUGUAUUUGUAAACCAGGCUACCAGGGGGUGAACUGUGAGUAUGAUGUGGAUGAAUGUCACUCUAAACCCUGCCUGCAUGGAGGGACCUGUAUCAACCUCAUAAACCUCUUCACCUGUGCCUGUCCACCUGGAACUCAAGGGCUCCAGUGUGAAGUGAAUGUGGAUGACUGCGCACCCAAGGCUGGCUCCUGGGAGCCUCGCUGUCGGAACGGAGGACAGUGUGUGGACGGUAUCGGCCGUUACACCUGCUCCUGCCCUCCAGGAUUCGUUGGAGAACACUGUGAGGGAGAUCUCAAUGAAUGCCUGUCUGGGCCCUGCCACAGCCCCGGCAGCCUCGACUGCGUGCAGCUGGUCAACAAUUACCAGUGCCGCUGUCGCCAGGGAUACACAGGUCGUCAUUGUGAGUCCAUGGUGGAUCUGUGUCUAUCUAAGCCAUGUCACAACGGUGGCGUCUGUUCCAUGAACAUGAGCUCAGUCCAUGGCUACAUCUGCUCCUGUGCUUCUGGCUUUUCUGGGUUCAAUUGCGAAAUAGAAAGAGAAGGCCACUGUGCAAAGGUACAUUGUCAGAACGGUGGACGCUGUGUGGACUCACCAGUUGGCCAAGUGGACUGCCAAUGCCAUCCGGGAUUCACUGGGCCACUUUGUGAGAAUGAACGGUGUCCGUGCCAAAAUGGAGGAACCUGCGUCAAGGACCCGUCCAACCCAAACCAGUACAGCUGUCGUUGUCCCUUAAACUUCUCCGGACGACUCUGCGGAAACAAACUCUCCGUACCAGCACCUCAGACCUGCCCCUAUGCGCAUUGUGAGAGGCAGUCAGGGGACAGCGUAUGUGAUGAUCAGUGUAACAACCACGAGUGCCAGUGGGACGGAGGGGACUGCUCGCUCAACUGGCGACAGCCUUGGUCGAAUUGCACUGCCAGUGUCCCCUGCUGGGAUCGCUUCAAGAAUGGACGUUGUGAUAAGGAGUGCGACAACGCCGGAUGUCUCUUUGACAGCUUCGAGUGCCAGGAGACUGCAAAGAGCCCCUGCAAGUAUGAAACGUACUGCCAAGACCACUACCAUAAUGGCAUCUGUGACCAGAGCUGCUAUACAAAGGCUUGCGGCUGGGACGGCCUGGACUGUUCCACUGACACUCCACCCAAAUCAGCAGAGGGCUUGCUUAUCAUCGUGGUCCGGCUGCAACCCAAGGAACUGCUUGGAGACCUAAAUGGUUUCUUGCGUGCCCUUGGAGCCCUGUUGCACACCAACCUGCACGUGAAGCUAGAUUCAAACAAUCAGCCAAUGGUGUUCCCAUAUUUCAGGGAACAGGAGGAACAGGGACGAUACACACAGAGGAGUAGAGGCAAACGAGAGCUAGAGAGAGAGGUUAUUGGCUCAAAGGUGUACCUGCAAAUUGACAACCGUGAAUGCUCCCAGAGUUCAGUCGACUGUUUCUCCAACACAAAUGAGGCUGCGUCCUUCCUCGCUGCAGCACACAUCAAGGCUGAACUGCCUUACCCAUUAGUGUCUGUUGACAGUAGCCCGCCUGUGCCUCCUGAGCCAUCGUUUCUCAUGUACAUGAUUGGAGUGGCGGUGGUUAUUAUUCUGCUCAUCCUGGUGUUGGGGAUGCUCGCAGCCAAGAGGAAGCAUAAAAAUGGUGUUCUGUGGCUGCCAGAUGGCUUCAUGGCCACUAAAAAUGACAAGAGAAGAGAACCUGUCGGACAAGAUGACUUUGACCUGAAGAAUUUCAAGACCCAGGAUGGAGCCCUGAUUGAUGGAAGUCAGAGUCAAAGAUGGAUGGAUGAAGAUGUCCCCUCCAAGAAACCAAGAACCGAAGAUAAGCCUUUGCUGCCCAUCAAUAUGGAUGGUGGGAUUGACCAAAGGGAGUGGACCCUGCAGCACCGGAAGGCUGCUGACAUUAUGCUCACUCCCCCACAGGCCAACUCGGAUGCUGACUGUCUGGAUGUUAAUGUCAAGGGACCUGAUGGCUUCACUCCGCUGAUGUUGGCAUCGCUGCGUAACGGCGGAGGCCCGGACUGCAGCCUGCAUGUAGACGAGGAGGAGGAGAGUGGGGGAGAUGAACCAGGCCCAAGCGUCAUUUCAGACCUGAUCACUCAGGGUGCUUCACUAAUGGCCCAGACCGACCGCACUGGAGAAACGGCCCUUCACCUGGCUGCUCGCUAUGCCAGAGCUGAUGCUGCCAAGAGACUGCUGGACGCUGGAGCAGACCCCAACGGCCAUGAUAACAUGGGCAGAACUCCAUUGCAUGCUGCUGUGGCAGCUGAUGCCCAGGGAGUCUUCCAGAUUCUGAUCCGUAAUCGUGCAACAGAACUAGAUUCCAGGAUGAAUGACGGCACGACUCCCCUGGUCCUGGCAGCCAGGCUCGCUGUGGAGGGCAUGGUGGAGGAGCUGAUCCACUGCCACGCUGACAUUAACGCUGUCGACGACCACGGCAAGUCUGCUCUGCACUGGGCAGCUGCGGUUAAUAACGUGGAGGCCACUCUCGUGCUUUUGAAGAACGGAGCAAACCGUGACAUGCAAGACAAUAAGGAGGAGACCCCACUCUUCCUGGCAGCCAGAGAAGGCAGCUUCGAGGCAGCUCAGGUUCUUCUCGACCACUAUUCAAACCGUGACAUUACCGAUCACCUGGAUCGUCUGCCCCGUGACACUGCUCAAGAACGAAUGCAUCAUGACAUCGUUCGCCUGCUGGACCAGUACAAUCUGGUUCACAGUCCACACAACGGGCCGAACCACAUGGGUGGGGGGGGAAACUCUGUUAUGUGUGGUGCCAAUGGAGCAGGCUUCAUCGGCAUGAGGCCUGGGCCACAGGGAAAGAAGAGCAGGAGGGGCGGAGGCGGAGCGAAGGUGGGAGGUGUUGGCGGGGUAGCUAAGGAGCUGAAGGACAUGAAGGCGAAGAGAAGGAAGAAGCCUGCGGGAGGCGAGGGGCCGGGUGUGGCUGCAGGGGGAGGCAGUGGGGGAGGUACAGCGGGAGGAGGGAGUGCGAACGGCGUCAAAGCAGCAGGAGGACUCCCAGAGAGCUCUGUCACCAUGUCACCUGUCGACUCACUGGAAUCUCCACACUCGUACACAGGCGAUGUGUCCGGCUCCGUCUCCUCAACAGCAAACUCUCCUCCCCUCCUGAGCAGCCCCACAUCCAGACCAAUGCUGCCCCCCGUCAGCCACAUGCUGGGGCAGCAGCCGGGCUGGGUGGGCAUGGCCAAGCACGGCUACAGCGGUCACAUGUUUGGCCUCGUACCGCACCAGAUGGGGGGAUCUCACCCAGGCAUGGGCCAACACCACGGUCAGGGUGCGAUGCUGACGCCCAUGAACGUCACCAUGAGCAGAGAGCAGCUGCCGCCCAUUGUCACCUUCCAGAUGAUGGCUCCCGGAGGAGGCCAGGCGAUGAUGAAGCAGCCUCAGCCAGGGCAAGUACAAGUCACACAAUCCCAGGGGCAGAGCCAGAUUCAGGCUCGCCCCCAGCAGGCAUCAGGCCACCUCCGAUGCAGCCAGGGAAUGAUGUACCAGAUGCCUGAGCAGAGGAGCAUGACGCACGGGCUCUCCCAUUCCCUGCAGCAUCCACAUAACGUCGGCCACGGAGGGAUCGAGGGCCAGCCUCGACCACUGCCCUCCUAUCCGCCCAUGCAGAGCCCUGUGGAUAAAUACCCCACGCCCCCCUCCCAGCACAGCUACGCCACCGCCGGUUCCGAGGGUACCACUCCCGGCCACUCUGCCCACCCGCCCAGCGAGCAUCCAUAUCUCACCCCUUCACCGGAGUCGCCAGACCCUUGGUCGUCCUCUUCGCCGCACUCCAACUCAGACUGGUCUGACGUCACCACCAGCCCCACCCCUCUGGGGAACCCCCACCACGCACUGCCGUCAUCCCGCCACACACACAUUCCAGAGCAGGUGCAGGUGCAGCAGCAGUCGCAGCAGAUGCAGCAGGCCUCUCAACAGCCUCAGCUCGGAAACAUGCAGGUGUUUGCUUAGGCCAGCCAAGAGGAAAGCACCAAUAGACGGACUUCAGGGUUCUCUGUAGUUUGAGUAACAACACAUAAUAAUACAUCCAGUGCUUUUCUCACCUCUCUUGUUAGUUCUCCUUGUAUGUUCUUGAUUUUUUAUUAUCGGUCACCUCCUCCUUUAUUGUGUUCCUCUCCUCUUUGCACUUAAGAAAACUGUGUGUAUAGUUUAUCUGUGUGUCUAAAAACGUCGAGUAUUAUCAGCUAGAUAUCAAACUUUCUCAACACCAAAAAUUGUGGAGUCAAUCGUGAGCUAAAAUUCAGUUUUUCUGUGUAGUUACUUCAACCCUCUGCUAUCUGAGUCAGGACUUUUUCUUUUUGGGCCUUGACACCAAACACAAACUUUUUAUCGAGGGAUCAUCGCGGAACUGUUGACCGCUGAUCAGCUGGAGUUUCAUAAGAGAAACAGACUGUUGAGAUGGACUGCAGACGUUCUGCAUCGACUUUGGAGGACAUUUUUAUUUCUUCCUGUUAUGUGCUAUCUUUAUGUUGUUUAAUGUGAUGAGCCUGCCGAUACUAACUUUUUAAUACGAUGGGUCACAUUAAGUUAAGCUUUUAUUCUCAAAGCAAAACAAACUCGUUUUUGCCUUAAUGUUUUUUUAUCAUGCAUUUUUGUUUUACUGUGCUAAAGGGCAACUUUUAUAAAAGACUGUUGCUUGCUAAGGAAGACGAACACCGAGGAAAUGACACAGUAGAAAGACCUGCACAGAGGCAACUUUUUACUACAUAACAGGCAAUGUAUUAUAUAUGUUGAAGACAGUUACUGGUACAGAAAUAUAGAAAGUGUUGAUUUUAAAACAUAAUCAGAGUUUGUCACAGAUGGUGCCACUAUAGGCUUGAGACAUUUUCCCAAACAGAUUUGCUCCGUCACACUUUUUGGUACUGUUGUGCCACCAGGUUUAGUUUGUUGUAUGAUGUACAUAGACUUUGUUCUUGUGUCUUUUUUUUUUUUUUUACAUGAAUACUGUUCGCACUUCUUCUAUGAUUCUGAAUGUUACAGAGGUGCAUGUUUCUAACUUUAAACUCCCUCUUUUCUAAAUAGUUUCUCUUUCAAAAUCAUUUAACCAACUACAAUCAGUGUAACUCUGCACCUUUUAAAUUCUCAUGAUUCAUAAACCAAGUCUCUGGGUGAGUACAGUUUAAUAAUGUUUUUUUGUUAUCUUUCUUCUUAAAGUAGAUGUUGAGCAUAGCUUUGUGUGACUGCUCUAUGAACACGGACAAUCAUUCACUGUUUUACAUUUGAAACAUCAGUGUUUUUAAGACCAAAUUUUGUUUGAUUCAGACAAAAAAUGUACAUUGAGUCCAAAUUCCUGUUAAUAAUAAUAAUGAUCUAUAAAAAGCGUUACUCUAAGCACAAGCAACCUGUAGCAGGAAAGGUUCCCUUUGUUUCGAAUAAUUACUUUAACAUCUGUAAAGAAACCAAAUUAUUAAUCUUUCAUUGAUAGUCCCAGUGCCUGCUUAGGCCUUUACUCUCUGUGCUAGGGAUAUCCCUGCAGUUUCACAUACACAUGCUGUACAUGGAGACGUCAGUCAACAGGAUUUUCUUCUCUCACAAGUAUCAAGCGUUUUAGCUCCGUACAUAUGCAAGGCUGUGUUUAUGUUCUGUAUAUAAAAUGUUUUUUUGUACUUUCUUCUGUUAACCAAAUACCCUAUAAUAUACAUGUCAUAUGAAGUAGUCACCAUGUUUGUAUACGAUAGAAGACUAAAACUGAUGAAAUAAGUUGUCUGUUGGAAAAAAUAAACCAAAUGAUCAACCAAAAACGUGCUUACUGAAAUAAAGCCCAGAUCCUGAUCGA